AUGUCCGCUCUGCCGAGAAGCGAGACAGAUCCAACUGCCAAAGCCAGGACGCCGGGAAGAAGCGCGACAGAUCCAGUUGUUUCGAGCUCCGGUAUGGCUACGAGCAGUGCCGAGGAAGCACCGCGCUCAAGGACCACAGGAACCGAGCGACCAUGUUUCAGGGGCAAGGUGGAUGUCCUCGUGGCUGGCGGUUAUGACUAUGAGCGCUUCAUCUUUCAGCAGCAUGCUCAACGAUUAGGCGUUGACGAUGCUCUGGAAUGUUGCACUCAGGCGGAGUUCCGUGCAGCACUCUUCAAGUCGCAGAGGUACAAUAGAGCACUUCCCUUAAUUGUCUUCCUUGGCAGUGAGUCCUGGCUUGAGGACUUGAAGAGGUAUGACCUUAGCAAAAGGCCACCGUUUGUUGUAAACGUAAAUGCAAGUGGGUCGAGAAUUCCAGAGGCUUACCACGAGCACAUGCUCUCGUCAUGCACGAGGGAGGAGGUCGCAGCUUUGCUAAGCAGAGUUAUCGACUGCCGAAGCCAAUCAGACAACGAUAGUAUGGAUGCCAGCGCAUCUUGA